UAUUCUCCUAAAAUUCAUCACCAACAAAAAGGAUAUUUAUCAAAGAGCAGUGCUACUCUGGUCUGCUACUCUGGUCUGCUACUCUGGUCUGCUACUCUGGUCUGCUGCUGUGCUGGUUUGCUGCUGUGCUGUUUUACUAAACAGAGUAAUCUCAAAAAACACCAGCGCAUUCACACAGGAGAGAACCCGUAUCAGUGCUCAGAUUGUGGGAAGAGUUUUACUAAACAGAGUAAUCUAAAAAAACACCAGCGCAUUCACACAGGAGAGAAACCGUAUCAUUGCUCAGACUGUGGGAAGAGAUUUAUUGAACAGAGUACUCUCAAACGACACCAGCGCAUUCACACAGGAGAGAAACCGUAUUACUGCACAGACUGUGGGAAGAGUUUUAAUAGACUGGAGACUCUAAAACUGCAUCAGCGCAUUCACACAGGAGAGAAACCGUAUCACUGCUCCAAGUGUGGGACGAGUUUUACUGUACAGAGUAAUCUCAAAAUACUCCAGCGCAUUCACACAGGAGAGAAACCGUAUUACUGCUCAGACUGUGGUAUGAGUUUUACUCAACAGAGUCAACUAAAACUGCACCAGCGCAUUCACACAGGAGAGAAACCGUAUUACUGCUCAGACUGUGGGAAAAGUUUUAAUCAACAGAGUACUUUCCAAAUACAUCAGCGCAUUCACACAGGAGAGAAACCGUAUUACUGCUCAGACUGUGGGAGGAAUUUUAAUCAUCAGAGUAAUCUCAAAAACCACCAGCGCAUUCACACAGGAGAGAAACCGCAUCAUUGCUCAGACUGUGGGAAGAGUUUUACUACCCAGAGUACUCUCAAAAAACACCAGCGCAUUCACACAGGGGAGAAACCAUAUUACUGCUCAGACUGUGGGAAGUGUUUUACUACCCAGAGUACUCUCAAAAAACACCAGCGCAUUCACACAGGAGAGAAACCGUAUCACUGCUCAGACUGUGGGAAGAGUUUUACUUCACAGAGUGAUCUCAAAUGACACCAGCGAAUUCACACAGAAGAGAAAACUAUCCCACAUUUGUCCCACAGCAAUUAAAAGUGCAAAUCGUAAAUCUUUCAGACAGAACACCUUAUCCUAUACAAAUAUUUCACUCUGUCACUUGGGACACGUUCAACCAAAAACAAACAUGAACUAAAUUUAAUCAUGGAUUUUACAGGUUCAGCAAAAUGAAUCUUAACCAGGGAUGAUGUUUAUUGAAUUCCAUGUUGUGUUUUCUCAUAUGUUUAAUAUUCCAGGACAUUCUUUGUGAGACAGAGUUCAGUUCUGAAGAAGGAGAGGUAUUUUGGGUUUGAGUGAGGGCACUGCCAGUGUUUGGACACUGAGAGCUCCCAAAAGUGAGACCCAGAGCCACAGAGAGACGACACUGUGCCGGGUACUGCCGUGUUGACCGGAGGAGCAUCCAGACCCCGCAGAGAGGCCAACAAAAUCCUUUCCAGAGGUUAAAUAAAACGGUCAGCCGUAGUUCCCAUACUGAAAUCAACCUCCUCCAGGCUUGUGUAGUGCAGUGAGGUUGUGGACACAUUUACUCCCUCAGAUGGUGUUCUCAUUUGUCUAUGGUUCAGUCGUUCUGAUUAAAAAUCUGUUACCAUAGAAGGAUAUAGAUGGAUAUUUGGUCGUUGUAUUACUCAAGUUUUAUACUCGCUUAUCUUUUUCUUAUUGAAUAUUAUAUGUUGCUGAAGGUUUUUUUUAAUCUUUACUAAGAAUAUCCAAAUCAUGUAGUUUUUAAAUUGUUUUUAUCCACUACAAACUAUUAUCUUUAUAUUGCUUCACCUCUAUAUUUACUCAUCUGUGUGUCUUAAUAAAUGGCUUUUAUAUUGCA